CAUCCAUCCAUCCAUCUCCACGCCGCGCCCCCCGGGCCGUCGGUCGCCCUGACUCGAUCGAUCCAGUCGUUCCGCAGCUCCAAAGACGAGUUUGCUACUAGCGCCUCCUACACACCCAAUCUUCUCUUCCGCGGUUUCCGCAACCCCCAACGACGAUCAACGGACAAUACUACUUACUGCCAUGGCCCUCUGAAGUACGUCCCGGGCCAUUCGCUUCCAUCUUCGGUCCCUCGACAUCACCAUCGUCCCCAAUUCCUCUGAUCUGGGCGACUGUGCCAGCAAAGGCGUCAUGGCACCGAGCAGCCCGGCCGCCGACGCCCGCCACGGGGCCUCGGGGCCGACCGUCCGAGACGGCAACGCCUCCUACCACCACCGCGACGACAACGACAUGGACGACGAUGCCGACUCGAAUGUCGAGGCCACCGAGCCAACGGAAAACGGCUACCGCUACGACUCGUUCCCGUCGUAUAAUAAAAACAAUAACAAUCGCCGCUACCGCGAUACCGAAGCAGCAGCAGUCAAUAAUGGCAGUCUACAUCAUGAUCACCGCACAAACGGCGCAUCAACAGGCUCAUCCUCCUCCUCCUCCCCGCCGCUCAAACCCCCCGCGGCAUCAACGUCGGCCCGCGCCCUCGCCCCGGACCUCCUCCGCGGGCUCCUCAUGAUCAUCAUGGCCCUCGACCACACCGCCCUCGCGCUGCACACCUGGUCCCACGGCACCGGCCGCGUCCCCGAGUCCGACGACACCGUCGUGCGGCGCUUCAACCGCCCCGUCGCCUACGUCGUGCGCACCCUCACCCACCUCUGCGCCCCCGGCUUCACCUUCCUGCUCGGCAUGGGCGUCGUGUACCUCGGGCGCUCGCGCCGCGGCAGGCUCGGCUGGGGGGCCGCCCGCCUGGCGCGCUACCUGGCCGUGCGCGCCGCGGUGCUGACGGCCGUGACGGUCGUGUUUGGGCUCGUCGUCACGGCGGGAAAGGUCUGGUUCCUCAACAUGGUCCUGUUCGCGCUGGCGGUGGAUUACCUCCUCGCGGGGUUGCUGUGGAUGGCCAUGGAUUGGACGGAGGGGGCGUUGGCGCGCUGGCUGGAGGGGUGGAUGGUGAAGAAGAGCAAAGUGCGGGCAGGAGAUGGUGCGGGUGAGCGACGGCCGUUGCUGUCUAGCGAGACGACGACGACGACGACGGUGGCGGCACCGGCAGUAGCAGAUGCAACGACAGGGCGGGCCCAAGACUCGACCACCACCGCCGCGCUGGCCGCGUCCAUCUCGUGGCACGUCCACAACGCCGCGGUGCUCAUCCUGAGUACCAUCACCAUCUGGUGGAACAUAUGGCUCUCCGAGACCCAUGGCCACUGCCAGGCCGAGUCGUCGUCGCUCACCACCACCACAUUACAAUCAUCACCACCACCCUCACUCUCAGCCUCCUCUUCCUCCUCCUCCUCCUUCACGCCAUCAUCAGCAUUUAGAACAGCCACCGCACCGCAAAAUCCCCUCCUGCGCAUCUGGUUCUGGCCCGUCAUGGACGCCGCCACCACCGGCGGCGGGCGCGUCCUGUCCGGCUUUCCCCCCAUGGCAUGGCUCUCCUUUGCCAUCCUCGGCCUGCUCUACGGGCGCGUCCUCGUCGCCCAGUCCUCUCGCCCGCGCUCGCCCCGCGCCGUGGCCGCCGCGCACGUCCUCGUCGCGCUGCUCUUCGCCCUCGUCUUUGUCCUCACGCGCGUGCUCCGCGUGGGGAACCUCUCCGAGGGCUGCCUGCAGACCCCCGCUCAGCAGCAGCAGCAACGUCAAGAUGCCAACCCGUACCUCGCCGACAUGCCCUCCUUCUUCUACAUCGUCAAGUACCCCCCGGACGUCUCCUUCUGGGCCUUUGCCAUGGCCGGCAACCUCUUCCUGCUCGCCCUCUUCGCCGCCCUCCCCCCGCGCCGCCUCGCCCCUCCCCAUCCUCAUCCUCAACCUCAUUCCCACCACGACCACCACCUGCGCCGUUGGAGCCACCGCCUCCUCGCCCUCCCCGCCGCCAUGCUCCUCGACUUUGGCACCACCGCCCUCUUCUUCUACGUCGCGCACAUGCUCCUCGUCUUCGCCCUCGGCGCCGCCCUCGUCGCCCUCUUCGGCCACGACACGGGCGUCGCCACCGACCCCAUGAACCCCGGCGACACGCGCGGCAUCGACAACAUCGCCGCCUACUUUGCCGUCUGGGCCGCCGCCAUGCUCAUGCUGUGGCCCGUCUGCAGGGCGUAUAGCAGGUUCAAGAGCACCAAGUCGGCGGAUUCCAUCUGGCGCUUCUUUUAGCUUUGACUGCGUUUCUUUGUGUGUGUAUGUGAGUGAGUGAGUGAGAGAGUGUGAGUGUGUGAGAGAGAGAAAGAGAGAGAAAGAGAGAGAGUGGAGGUAGAGGCGAGUUGUUAGGUUGGGACAGGACAGGACAAGCAGAAUCGUAGAACGGUGGUUGUUGGCAUGUCAGAGGCAUUCCAUCUACAGGAUAGACUGUUCGCAUCACAUCAAGAUAGAGCGCGUACAAAAAUAUGAGCGUAUUUUUUUUCUUUUUGCUGCUACCCAUACACGUCCCUCGCCAAUGUCAUGUCAUGAUGAUGGCACGUCGACGACACUCAUCAUCAAGACCCAUCACAGAGUCACAGAGACUCAUCGCUCCCAACGCCAAGUCUCUCCAUGUCCUCCCUCCAACUCCUCUUCACCUCAUCCAGGAACCCCUCCACCGUCAGCAAAUCCACCGCCACCCCCGCGAGCCCCUUGCCGACCAUGGCCGCGCGGGCGAAGGCGUCGCGCGUGCCCGCCGCCGCCG